GGGUGGUGAUACGAGAAUAUUUCCCAGGCUGUAAUUUUUCUUUCAGGCCCCCUACCUUCGUCGCCCGAACGAGCCACUUCCAGAAGAGCGAUUCAAAUUUCACAAAUCAAAGCCUUCUUCUUCGAAUCAGAGUUUAUUCUUCUUCUAACCUUAUCUCAGAUCUGGGAGCUUCUGGUUAUAGAUUUGGAAGAAGAUGACUGUGAUCGAUCUUCUGACUAGAGUUGACUCGAUCUGUAAGAAGUACGACAAGUACGAUGUCGACAAGCAACGGGAGGCCAACAUCUCCGGCGAUGAUGCCUUUGCUCGUUUCUAUGGAGAUUUCGAAACUCAAAUCGAAACCGCUCUCGAGAAAGCUGAACUUGUUACAAAGGAGAAAAAUAGAGCUGCUGCUGUUGCAAUGAACGCUGAGAUCCGCCGGACUAAGGGUCGAUUAGCGGAGGAAGUUCCAAAGUUGCAGAGACUUGCUGUCAAGAAGGUUAAGGGCCUUACAACCGAAGAGCUUGCUGCGAGGAAUGAUUUGGUGCUUGCACUUCCGGCAAGGAUUGAAGCCAUACCUGAUGGCACUCCGGGUGGCCCUAAAAACACUAGUGCUUGGGCUCCUUCAACAACAUCUCGUCCUGAUAUCAAAUUUGAUUCAGAUGGACGUUUUGAUGAUGAUUACUUCCAAGAAUCACAUGAAUCCAGCCAAUUCAGACAGGAGUUUGAGAUGCGAAAGAUUAAGCAGGAACAAGGUCUGGACAUGAUCUCUGAAGGUUUAGAUGCUUUGAAGAAUAUGGCAUCGGAUAUGAACGAGGAGCUGGAUAGGCAAGUCCCUCUGAUGGAUGAAAUCGACACAAAGGUGGAUAGAGCAACCUCGGAUCUGAAGAACACCAAUGUUAGACUCAAAGAUACGGUGAACCAGCUGAGAUCAAGCCGGAACUUCUGUAUUGAUAUUGUUUUGUUGUGUAUUGUUCUGGGCAUCGCUGCAUACUUAUACAAUGUACUGAAGUAAUGAGAUGAACACGACGAAAGAACCCAUUUAGUAGUACUAUCACCCGAGUCAGUGUCAGUUUGUGCUUGUAUCUUACUCCCUCUUCUCUGAUCAUUCGACGAGAGUUUUUUCUUCUUAAUGUCAAGAAUAUUGAAGUCUUUCUUCCUGCUUCGACUUUUUUUCAAUGUUGUUCGUGUGCAUAGAUUCAUCUUUGUCAAAAUGUGCGUCAAACUGAUUUGUUUGCUGUGUCUGAAGGCUGCUAUUAUUUUCCAACCAAAAUAUGGUUUACAUUUUUUAUUUUU